CACGUCCGUUCUUCUUCCCCAUAUCUCCGUCCCUGUCUCAUAGAGGGCAGGGCAGGGCAGGGCAGAGCAGAGCAACAAACAGCUCAUCAGAGCUCCCGCCGCCGCCGGCUUCGCAUCUCCCGCGCCACCACCUCCGCGGCCGUCCUCCUCCGCGGUAGGAUCCUCCGAGUACCUGCGCGACAGCCGUCCCCGCUGCGCCUGCCUGGUCCUCGCCGAAUCUUCAGCAAGGUGCCGCAUGGAGGAGGUUGUCCCCGCUUCGGCUAAUAGCCAAGCUUCGACUGGUGAUGCCGCGGCAGAUCAGCCUAUCAACGUGUACGUGUGGGACUUGGAUGAAACGCUUAUUCUGCUCAAGUCCCUGCUAGAUGGGUCGUUUGCCGGGCAUUUUGAAGGCCUCAAGGACCAUGAAAAAGGUACCGAAAUAGGGAAGCGCUGGGAGAACAUCAUUCUUGAACUCUGCGAUGAGCACUUCUUCUAUGAGGAGAUUGAGAACUACAAUCAACCCUAUCUCAGUUCUUUACAUGAGUAUGAUGACGGGAAAGACUUGACAAAAUAUGAUUUUGAGGCCGACUGCUUUAGUUCUCCUUUUGAUGAUGUGAAUAAAAGGAAGCUUGCCUACAGGCAUCGUGCUAUUGGAGACAAGUAUGCAAAGGGUUUGCAAAAAAUUCUGGACCACCGCAUGUUUAAAGUCUGGAGUGAUUUGUAUAGUUCGACAGACAAAUAUACUGAUGGCUGGCUUUCUUCAGCUCAUAAGUUGCUGGAAGAAGCGCUGUGUAAAUCAACAGCUGAGCCUGCUAUCAAAUCUUCAAGUAUCAAUUGCAUAGUUACUUCAGGGUCCCUGGUUCCGAGCAUUGCCAAAUGUUUGCUGUAUCGCCUGGAUGAUGUGGUCUCAUCAGAUAAUGUUUACAGCUCGUGGGAAUCGGGGAAGCUGCAGUGCUUCAAGUGGAUCAAGGAACGCCACGGCGGCCCGAACGUCCGCUUCUGCGCGGUUGGAGACGGCCCCGAGGAGCGCAGUGCAGCUUCCAUAAUGAAAUGGCCGUUUGUUAAGAUCGAGAUCCGCCCCGAUGCUCCUCACAGGUUCCCCGGCCUGAGCCUGUCGACAAUCCAUGGCAUCAUGGACGCCGUGUACCAGUCAUCGGGCAAAGACGGUUGAUCUCCGGUGUGCGAGGCGGCGUACAUGUCUUGAGGCAUCGGUCGCCGUGGACGAGGAGGCCAGUCUGGUGAUAGUUCCAUGGAACCGCAUAGUGGAGAUACCAUAUAUAUAUAGGAGGCAUAUUGCCCUCCCUGCCUGGAGGAUCCGGAGACGCCUGUGAGAUAAAUAAGAGCGCCCGACCAUAUAGUUUGAUCCGUUCCGGCAUGUUUGAAUUGAAUUCUGCCAGUGUUGGCCCAUCUUACUGUCAUCUGGGGAAUCAUCUGCUGUUGUAAGUCGUAACCGGUUGGUUGGUUGUUGUCGCAAGUCUGUAUCUUUGUGCUUUGGCAUCUCAGAUUUGAUGGUGUACAUGGGAAAUCUGGUUCAGCGAAAAGUCCAUUCUAGUCCCUUCAA